CACGUGAAUUCCCUACCCACUGUUUUCGCUUACCAAAUACAAAACCCCCUCCUGUCUCCUCACGUUGCCCAAUAAAAAACCCUCUCUUCUUCUUCUCCUCUUAUUUUCUCUCUCCUAAUUUCUUUGCUUAAAUUUCUGUUCCUUUUGCUUGAUAAAUACCUUCUCUUCGCCGAUUGAUCUUCUGUGCUCGGUCCUUUGGCCAUAGGACGGGGUAGAAAGCUGCAGCUACCGGAGGCAACCCUCGAAAAUUUGAUGGAACUGCAGGAAACUGAUGGCGAUUCCCCGGAAUGUUUUGAGUCCAUGGCGGAACAUGGGGUGGGCGAUGAAUUGCUACAGGGAAAGGAGCAAGUUUUGGAAAACAAAGAACGCGACAGUGAAAUCGGCAAAGUAAACGGCGGGAAACCGAAAGGAACUGAAACGAUUGGGACGGAAAUUGGAGGUGAGGUUGUAGAUAAUGAAGUAAUUUUUAGUAUUAGGGAAGAGAAGGCGGUGGAAACUGAGAAGAAAGGGAAAGGAAGUAGUGAGGGAGCAGCGGAAAAUUGUGAUUCUGGGAAGGCCGGUGGUGGUGGGUUGGGGAAGAAGCGUGGUAGGAAGCCCAAGAAAAAGCAGGAAAGCUUGCAAGUUCAGGACAAUGAGUGCGGCACUGUUGAAAAGAGUGGUGAAAAAGGGGAAAGGCUUGAAGAGGGUAGCCCAGGUAACGGUCAGACGAUGAAAGAUAAAGGUGAAGUUGAAGGAGAUGGUGCGAAGCAUAUUCGUAGAAAGGGUAAAAAGAAAGGAAGCAGAACUGGCGGCAAGGUUUCUGGGUUAAAGCAAAACCAAAAUGGUCUCGUGACUGUGGAAGUAAGAGAAGAAUUGCAAGACAUUGCUGGAAAAGAGAACGAAAACGAUGGUGAGAAGUGGGACAAGCUGGGGGGGCUAUGCCUGAAAGUAAAAGUAGAAAUGACGUUUACUGAGAACCAAGAAGACAAAGAGACGGGGAAUGAAAUAGUAGGUAAAUUAGAUAUGAAAAAUGAUAUUUUUCUGAAGCAGGAAGAGGAGGGUAUAACAUCUGGGAAGGGGGCAACUAAUUUGGGAAAUCAGGAGAUGGUUACUGAUAAAGGUGGAGAGAGUGGUGGUUCUAUUGAAGUCAACGAAAAUUCUUACAGGAAGAGAUUGAGAACUAAUGAAAAGAAGGUGAGCUAUGCUGAGAACGGUGAAGAAGAUGAAGAGGUGUCGGUCAGGAAGAAGCGUGGUAGAAAAGGGAGGAACUGGAGUACAGUCACAGGAAACGAUAGUUUGGAAAUAGAGUCAGUUAGCGAAAGUGGAGAUUUGGCUGAAGGAAAUGGAAAGAAAGUGGGUCAACGAGGGCGAAGGAAACACAAUAAGGAGAAGAAUGAUGGGGAAAGGGAAUCUCUGACAAGCAACUGUGGAGGUUAUUCGUUACGCAAUCUGAAGGUGUUGCAGCAAGAUGUGAAGGAGCUUAAAAUUAACAAGCAAAGUGACGAGUUCAUUGCCGAGGUUUGCUUAAUGUGCCAUCAGUGCCAGAGAAAUGAUAAAGGUCCUGUUGUUCGGUGCCAGAAAUGCAAGAGGAAGCGAUACUGCAUUCCCUGCUUGACUAAAUGGUAUCCUGAGAUGCAAGAGGAUGAAGUUGCUGCUGCUUGUCCAGUCUGUCGCGGAAAUUGCAAUUGUAAAGCUUGCUUGCGUGAUACUCCAAAAGAACGUCUGAAGAAACUCAAAGGCCUGGUUGUCAGUGAUGAUAGAAAAGUACUGCAUUCUAAGUAUUUGCUACAAGCACUUUUUCCAUACCUGAAACAGUUAAAUGAAGAACAAAUGAUGGAGAGAAAGAUUGAAGCUAGGAAACAAGGUGUAUCACUUGCAGAGUUAGAGGUACAAAAUGGUAAUUGUCCUAAGGAUGAACGCAUAUAUUGCGACAAUUGUAGGACCUCCAUCUUUGACUAUCACAGAAGCUGUUCAAACUGCUUUUCUGAUCUCUGCCUUAUCUGUUGCCGGGAGAUUCGUGAUGGACACCUACAGGGUGGUGGCCAGGGGAUGGUUACAGAGUAUAUUAACAGAGGGCUUGCAUAUUUACAUGGUGGAGACAGUGAAUUUAUUUUACGACAUGAGGUGUCACCAGGAAGUAGCUCUAAGGAUUCUCUGAGAUCAAACUUUGGAUGGAAAGCAAAUGAAGAUGGAAGCAUUGUUUGUUGUUGCGGUUUUGGCAACCUAGACCUGAAAUGUUUGUUCCCAGGAAAUUGGGUUUCAGAGUUAGUGAAGAGAGCAGAAGAUGUUGCACAAAGAUUUGAACUUGACAGGGCUACAAUUCCUAUUGAACGAUGUGCAUGUUUUAAUUCUUUAGGAGAUGUUGACAUGAGAAGUAAUCAGUUGCUGAAAGCAGCAUCUCGAGAGGAUUCUGAUGACAAUUAUUUGUACUAUCCAAGGGCCAUUGCUAUCAAAGAGGAGGAUUUGAAGCAUUUUCAACACCAUUGGAUGAGAGCUGAACCUGUGGUAGUUAGCAAUGUUCUUGAAACUGGAACUGGUUUAAGCUGGGAGCCAAUGGUCAUGUGGCGUGCCUUCCGCCAGAUAAGAAACGAAAAACGUGACACACUUUUGGAUGUGAAGGCCCUUGAAUGUUUGUCUUGGUGUGAGGUAGAUAUUAGUAUUCGCCAUUUCUUUAUGGAAUACUUGGAUGGUCAAUGUGAUGCAGAGAUGUGGCCUCGGAUACUAAAAUUGAAAGACUGGCCUCCAUCUACUAUGUUUGAUGAACUUUUGCCACGGCAUGGUGCUGAGUUUACCUUCUGUUUGCCCUUUAAGGAGUACACACAUCCCUAUAAUGGUCCUUUGAACCUUGCUGUCCGAUUGCCUAAAGAGUCUUUGAAGCCAGAUUUAGGACCAAAGACAUAUAUUGCUUAUGGCUAUACUCAAGAGCUUGGGCGUGGAGAUUCUGUAACCAAACUUCAUUGUGACAUGUCUGAUGCAGUGAAUAUUUUAACACAUACAGCUGAAGUAACCCUUUCUCCUGAAAGGCUUGCUAAGAUAGAAGAAUUGAAAAAAUUACACAUAAAGCAAGACCAAAGAGAAAUUUUUGGAAACAAUCAGGUUGUAGAGGAAGAUGAUGGCGAAAUGGAUGGUAGUUUUUGUGGCAGCUUACUUGCAACUGAUAAUAAAACUGGGGAAGUUGACAACCGAACUGAGGAUUCUCAGUCUAAUGUUUGUGCUGCUUCAAAUAAAUCAGAGUUGAAAAUUAGCAAGCAGGCUGAAGUAUUUCAAGGUAUAAGCAGUGAGACUGAGGAAUUUACUCUUGAAGUUGGUGAAUACAUUGAGGAUUCUCUGUUAAUUGAACAUAUCUUUUCUUAUAAAUUAGAGCUUAAAUAUUAUGAGGCAGAUGCUGUUCAGGGUAGAUGCACUGAGAGUAGUGGACUAUCUAGUUGUGCAAAUGUGUCAUUGGGGCCAGAUGAUGGUGGUGCAGUUUGGGACAUUUUCCGAAGAGAAGAUGUUCCUAAGUUGCAGGAAUAUCUUAUCAAGCACUUCAAAGAAUUUAGGCACAUUCAAUGUUGCCCACUGGAGAAGGUUGUUCAUCCUAUACAUGAUCAGACUUUUUAUUUGACUCUAGAGCACAAGAGGAGGCUGAAAGAGGAAUAUGGUAUUGAACCUUGGACGUUUGUCCAGAAACUUGGAGAUGCUGUCUUUAUUCCUGCAGGUUGUCCUCAUCAAGUGAGAAACUUGAAGUCAUGUAUAAAGGUCGCAUUGGACUUUGUUUCACCGGAAAAUGUUGGUGAGUGUAUUCGUUUGACGGAGGAAUUCCGUUUACUUCCGCCAAAUCAUCGGGCUAAAGAAGACAAGUUGGAGGUGAAGAAAAUGUAUCUUCAUGCUAUGAAUUGGGCUGUGGAAAUUUUGGAGCAUGGUGGAGAGCCUCGGUGCAGAGAGGAAAAUCAAACUGCAAAGAAACAGAAAAGCAAGAAACGGAAAUCUUCAGGGUGAUAGACAUGCUUGGUAGCUAUGCCUUUAUUUCAGCAUUAUUGUAUAACUGUUCGUUAGGCUACUAAUGCCCCGUAAACUUUUUUUUUUGGUUUAUUGUUUACCCAUGCCACUGUUAAAUCAUCCUUGGCAGAAAUAUUUUGUGCUGUAUAUAAGUCGGUAAUCUCUCAUGUCUACUUGUUACUUUCAUUGAAGAAUUUCUCAUUCAUUCUCGUGGGAACAGGUGAGCCAAGGAUAAAUUUUGUGUUUCUCCUAGAGUGGUUGAAUGGGAAACUAAUUGAUAACAUCAUUGCUCUGUUUAAUUUGU